AUGGCGUCCUUGAUUAGCAUUCAGCGUGACAUCAUUCUAGGCGCCAUCCGCCAUGCUGCAGGAAAUGAUUGGAAAGUCCUCGUCGUGGACGAAAAAUCGAAGAAGCUUCUUGAUAAUACCGUGAAGGAGGAUGACAUCCUGAAUAACAAUGUCACAAAUGUCGAGCAGAUUGAACAUCGCCGGCCACCGAACCACGAUAUGGAUGCGCUAUAUUUCUUGUCUCCCCAACCGCACAUUAUAGAUUGCCUCAUGGCCGACCUCGAACGGGUGCGCUACCGGAAAUUCUUUGUGGUUUGGACAGCGAUCUUGGAACCCCAGCAACGUGCCAGGCUAGACCGAUCACAGAUGGUUCGGGACAUGAUCGUUUCCAUGCAUACUUUGAACGUCGAUUUUUACCCCAGGGAAUCGCGAGUGGCUACCUUCCGAGAUCCGUAUAGCUUUCCUAUCCUUUUUCACCCAGCUUGCAACAAUCUAGUACGGGAGCACCUAGGUGAUCUCGCUCGAAAAAUUGUGUCCAUUUGCGUGGUGUUAGGGGAAUAUCCUGUUAUCCGCUACUAUCGACCUCAAGCGCCUACGCAUGAGGCCGCCGUUUUAUGCUCACAUCUAGCGCGUUUCGUUCAGGACGAGAUCGAUAGCUAUGCAGGCUCCAAUCGAAAUUUUCCACCGCAAAGCCCCCGACCGCGAGGCGUACUUCUGAUAGUUGACAGGUCUCUGGAUCUUUACUCUCCUCUGGUUCACGAAUUCACAUACCAAGCCAUGGCACAUGAUCUACUUCCGAUCAAAGAGGGCGACAAAGUUACAUACAAGACCGUGAUCAAUGAGGGAAGUUCGAAAGAGGAGGUCACAGACAUGGAGAUUGGCGACCACGAUCGAGUUUGGGUCGAUUACAGGCAUCUCCAUAUGAAAGACGUUUUGGAGAAAUUAGCAGACGACUUUGCUAGAUUCCGAGCAGCAAAUCCACAAUUUGCAGAAGAGAAUGAUAAAGUCACAGUGAACACCAUCAAGGACAUGCUAGCAGGCUUGUCUGACUUUCAAGAAGGAAAAAAUGCUUAUACGCUUCACUUGAAUAUGGCGCAAGAAUGCAUGAACUACUUUCAGGAGCGCAACUUACUAGAGCUCAGCUCAGUCGAGCAGAGCUUGGCUACCGGUGUGGAUGAAGACUAUAAAAAACCAAAGAAUCUCGCCAUUCAGUUAGUCCGACUCCUCGAUGAACAAUCAAUUGUCACCCCUGAUCGUUUACGGUUGAUUUUGUUGUACUUGCUCUAUCGAGAUGGCUUGCUCAAAGGCGACAUCCGCAAGUUACUCGCUCAUGCAAAACUUCCACCGCAAGAUGGUGAAAUCAUUCAUAAUCUAGACCUUCUAGGCGCUAGAGUCGAAAAGCCACUAAAGGAUGCGAAGCCUCCGACCCAGCCACUGUUUGCGCUCAAGCAACCUUCAGCCACCGGAGAACAAGAUGUCAGCCUUUCCAGGUUUGAGCCGAAUGUGAAGCGGAUGCUCGAAGAACAAAUAAAGGGCACUUUAGAUUCAACCAUAUUUCCUUACACUCGUCCUCAGACGGACACCGAUAGUGCGAUACGCGAUCAAAUAUCGCAAUCAUCACUGAGAAGCGCAAAACCCACUUGGGCUCGUACUCGAGGAUCAGGUGAUCAGCCGCGUCAACGAAUCGUCGUCUUCAUGGCUGGUGGAGCGACCUUCUCAGAAGCGCGAGCAUGUUACGAAGUGUCGCAGACCUCAAAUAAGGACGUUUUCUUAGCCACAUCUCACAUGCUAAACCCAGGUUUGUUCCUUCGACAAAUUGGAGAUUUGAGCGUGGACAAGAGACGACUUGAUAUUCCAGCAGAGCGGCCAAAGCCAACGGCACCUGCACAUCUCUUUGAAAAGGAGCAACCCCCAGUAGCCAAACAACCGCCACCAGCUGCUAAGCAGCCAUCUCCUGCUGCUCACGCAGCGGCAACAACUGCAUUUGCAAAUAUGAACCUGAACGGACAGGCACCGGCGUCAAAUGGUGGAGCUACUCCUCAACCACCUCCUGGGAAAAUCAAGAAAGAGAAAAAGAAGCAUCGCUUUUUCUGA